AUGGAAACGGCCGGUUCCGCUCAGAAACGGCGAGUUUCCUCAGGGAUUUUGUCGGAAAUUCAUGGAAUUCUGCUUCAGGAACCAUUAUCCUGGGAUAUACAUAUGUUUUGUAUCGGUGUGAAGCUAGCACGAACAAACGAUAUGUUAGGUAAAAACGUUUUUACUAAGUAUGUCCCGUCCAUGAAAACUACACCAUUCGACUCAGAAUUUAAUUCUACAUCGAAUGAUGGUACUUUUAUUCGCCGGACAAGCUUUGCAAAAAUUCGUUUUGGAUUAUAA